AUGCUGUCGGAAGAAGAAUAUCAAGAUACAAAACGUAAUUUAAAUAAUAUAACAGCAACUACAAAAUUACGACAAAAAAUUAGAAGAAUAUUGCUGAAAAAAUUAAAAGAACAUGAAUAUGCUACAAAAUUUAUUCCAUUCGAACCAUUACCCCACUUUCAAUUUUUUAUUAACCGAACAACAACCGAACCCAUACUUCAGCAAAUUAUUAAAGCUAUAACAACAUCUACUGAAUUUACAAUUGAUAUCGAACCAAUAAAUGUUUAUAAAUUACGAAAUGAACUAGCAUUGAUACAAGUCCAAGUUAUCUUGCCACAUGAUUAUUCACUUGCAUUAAUAAUAGAAGUGUGUCACCUUUCAAGUGUUAAUCAUGUUAAUUUUACAUUAAUGAAGGAAUUAUUUCGAAUCGUAUUUUCACCAGAUAAAAUAAUUUAUAUCUGA